UCAGCACGCAAACUCCCCCACGGAGGAAUACUAUAUGAACUAAACUCCAAGAACUCCGCAGAGUGGUUCAACACGCCAUCCAACCGCAGCAACUUUUUAGAGAGGUUUGGAACUAAUGUAGCCAUCAAGGACAGAUCAUUCCACGUACUAAUGGAGAACAUCCCGAUUACCUUUGUCUCAGACUCGACAGCCGCCAUAGCGGACAUUGAAAAGAAAGCCGGCCUCACCCUAAAAAGUAUAAUCAAGGCAAGGUACAUUAAACCAAUUGCAAGACGCUCACCAAACCAGAGAACGGCACACGUAAUACUGACAUUCAAAACCAGAGAAAGCGCCAACCAAGCAAUCAAGUUCGGCCUCCCGAUAGCAAGCAAAAAGGUAUACGGCCGCAAACUCCUCCCAGAACCCUCAAGAUGCCUCAAGUGCCACUCGUUCGACGGCAACCACAUGGCAACCGACUGCCCAAAAGAACACGACAUCUGUGGAACAUGCGGGGAACAACACCGCACAGCGCUAUGCAAAGUCGAAAACCCUAACGAAUUCCACUGUGCCAACUGUGACACAAAAGGCCACGCGUCAUGGAGCAGAGACUGCCCGACCUUCCUCGGCAAAUGGGAAGCUUACAAGAAGCGAAACAAAGAGACUCAAUACAGACUAUAUCUCACGGACGACCCCCUGACAUGG